AGUUUAAAUAAACAAUAACAUUCAUUCUUCAAAGGUUUUAAAGGUACCGUUGUAAAUCGGGUCCCUUUAAACUAUUUUAGACAAGAAGAGAAUUAUGUAGACUACACUGUGAAAGCCCCCAUCUGGAUCUUUGUGACGUCACUAAACUGCAUAGCCUGGGGGACUUGAAUACGCAGUUCCCAGUUGGAAGGUUCUGGAGAUUCCAGGUCAUUGGAGAUCCUACAGUAGAAAUAUUUGGUUCUAGAGAUAUUGAUAGUUUUAUUCAAGAUAGGGAGGCAUUAGCAGUACAGGAAUGGUUAAAAUCAAAUGAACAGUUUCACAUAAUGAGAGAUGCUCCAUUCCACAAAGCCGCCAUAUUGGCUGGACUAUGGGAUGGUAAAAACUACCAGAAUAUGACUGAGGUUUUGGAAAUAAAAAAUUCUCUGUUCAGUGUAAAUCCAACCUUCAGAAAAGAUCUGGACCAGAGAACUUUAAAGAAAAAUGUUUGGCCAGCAAUCAGAAAUAACUCUAUGAUACAUGACAGUUAUGGUUGUAAAAGAAGAUAUAAGGGUCCUGGAUGGCGCCCCUGGCCAACUAGAAGAAUUGGAUUUGUGUAUGCAGGGUACGGACCUACCAAGGCAUGGGGAAUGAGGAAGGUUUCUAAAGCGAUGUGUCCCAUUACAUGCAGACCAAUGGAGAAUAAGAACUGGUUAUAUUGCUAGAAAAGGGAAUAGAAGACAAUUUUUCUUUUUUAUUAUUUCUUUAUGCUUUUGUUUAUUGUUAUUUAUAUU